AUGGAUGAAGCUGGAACACCUGAAAGGUCCGCGAUGGAGGAACAUCACAUCGUCAAGGCUGAUGAAGUCGACCAAACUGGAACCGACAUCACCACCCUGUCGGAUGAACAGCUGAUGGAGGAGGUUGCGGAAGGACUGCGUCAAGAUCAGGCCUCCAACGCGGCUGCUCCUCUCCAGAAUGGGCUGCAAGAGCACAAGCCCAAAUCCUCCAGGCGCCCAGAAUUGCGUCGAGAUGGAUCAGCGCCCCCGCCGCCUUUACAGCCUCCGCCUCCAGCACCGGGGCAGCAGAGCUCAGAAAGACCGCCAGACUCGUUGAGUCUGGCGCAGUUGAGACAGCUCGUGCAGGAGAUGCCGAAAGUGGAUCAGCCUGCCUAUGCAUUUGAGUAUGCUGACUCGCAACCGCUUGUCGAGGAGAUUGAAGAAUGGUUCCAGUACAGCGAGUUUGACCGGGUCAUGCUCAGUGGCAUGAAAUCGGCAUUCGAGCAGAAGUGGGCUGCUUUUUGUGAGGACCAGCCUGCCGUAUCCGUGCGACUAUCGUGGAUUGAUGCCUCUUAUGACUUACGGAAAUCGUUCAUGGCCCAGAUGAUCGAUGCUUUGCAGGAAACCGAGCUCCCUGUUCGCAAUGAAGCCUUAGAAAUCAUAUGCUAUACUGUGACUGGCGAAUGGGGUAGCACUGCUGGGCGGGCAGUUCCUGAGUAUCCCGAGACCCUAUCUCCGCAGGCUGUCACAGAUACUCCCAAGUCCAGAUCGCUCCAGAUCACCUGGAUGGAGAGGAACGUCAACCUUGUUAAUGAAUGUUCAGGGCUUGAGCCAUUGCUACAAUGUCUCUGCAAUGCUUUGGGGAAGCCACGGGCCGCACCGGGCUCCGACUCGGAUGGUCCGGUGUCGAACCUCGAUAUUGCCGCUUCUGAGCACGAGGCCAAUCUGGUAUUGACGACCUUGUAUGUAGUCGUAGAGAUCGGCCGACGUCAAGAGAAGCAUGAUUCCCGGAAUACAUCUGUGCGCGACACACUUAUGGGCUUGAAGCCAAGUUUACCUGUGUUCCUUGUCGAGGUCAUCGCCCGGUUGCGGUGGGAUGAUUCCGCCAACAUUCCGCUGACCAGGAUUAUUCUCUUACUUUGGAAGUCACUGCUUCUCUUUUUCGGAGGCACCGAGAGCUUAAAGAAGGCGAAAGAAGAGUUGGAGCCUCGGAUGGAGGCGCGAGAGAAUUCCUCGAACCGAAGAACACCAUUUUUGACUGCAUCGCCUCUCGAUUAUCAUCUGUUUCGACAAGAAAUUACAUCGAAAUACCCUGCUUAUAACCCGCCCCCUCUCGCGGUACCUCUGGAACUGGAGAGCAAUUCGAUCCUUCCCCCUCUGCCUCAACAUUCGAACCGGGUGAACUCAUCCAAUGGCCUCUUUUCGGGCGUUGGUCCCUCCAUGGCUAGCGGAAACGGCUCGAUCCUUCACCAGUCUGUUCACAUUGCGACUCCGGCUCCGUCUCCUCCUCCAUCACCCAUAGGGCCAGGGGGGAAAGCUGGGAAGAAGCAGAACUAUCAGACGAAUCAAAAUUUUCCCUUUAUGUACCCGCCUCUGGAUGAUUCCAGCAAUGAUAUUGGCGGGAAGGGCACGACUGAACGACAGGAUACGCUUGUAGGAAAGAAGUGGGAAGGCAGUGAUGUGCCGGCAUCGGUCAUUGAGGCCGGGAAGCUCUUUUCUACGCAUGUGAAAAUGACCCGAGCAAUGCGGCAGCUCUGGGAAGAGCGAGAGCGCUUCAUGAAGUAUGACCGUGGAUGGUAUCUGGAUGAUGGUGCGCCUGAUGAGGAGGAAGAUUUAUCCUAUGAGAUUGCUCAGGAUCUGGAGGAUCUCAAAUUAUCAGGCGCCCGAAAACGGAGCCAGGACUGUGCUCCACACAAAGAGACCGAUAAUGAGGAUAUCCAGCGCCGGCUAGAUGCCGUCGAAUCUUUCUAUUCCCAGGUUCUGGUGCAUCUACAGUCGGUCACUAUCGUCUUCUUAAAGAUCGUCUUGACCAAUGUCAGUGCUAUGGUUAAUCAAGCAAAUGGACAGAAUGGACACGCUAUGGGCAGAAGCAAUAAAAACAUUAACAUCGUUUCUAGUGAUGGUUACGGUGCUCCCAAUGGAUUUGCAGCUGGUCAUAAUGGCUUCCCAGAGAGCUUUAACGUCGACGCUGCGAUUGACGAGUUGGAUAAUCUUCGAUUGCGGGAGAUCACCGGGAAAGCGAUAUCUGGAUCACUUUUGCUCAUGUUGAAAUGGUUCAAAAGAUCCCAUAUACUCAAGUUUGAGUAUAUGACUCAGUUGUUGCUCGAUUCCAAUUAUUUGCCUUUGAUCUUGAAGAUGUUUGCGCAUCAAGAUAUCGACCAGGCAAUAGCGCAGAAGAAUGACCGCGAGGAGCUUGGGUUCUUCCAUUUCUGUCACCUUAACUCAGACCAUCCCCCAGACUCGGCAGAGAAUUCCGAGGAGGAGUCGUCAGCUAGCGAAGACGAGGCUGUACCUCCGCCCAUUCUCCGCCAGCGCCCUGACGCGAACGUCGGUACCUCCUCGGUGCGGGGACCUUCACCCCAAGAAGCCCUUCCAGAAUUUGUAGAAGGCCAAGCUCGCCCUGAAGUUGACGAACUGGGGUAUCCCAUCGCAUCGCAGCCGAAAGAACCGAUUACCGAAUUCUCAUUCCGCAACUUCUUCUCCGCCAUCAAUUACCUGCAUAUCAUGCAGAAGAUCACGCGGGACAAGGCCCACAGAUGCUUGCUCCUGGUCCAGUACAAAUCUAGCACGAUUCUCCGAAAGGGACUCAAGAUCCCCGAUCCCCACCUGCGAUUCUACACGUUGAAGCUAUUCAAGUCCCAGGUCCCCUACUGCGGCCGCAAGUGGCGGCAGAGCAACAUGCGCGUGAUUACCGCGAUCUAUCUCUACUGCCGUCCGGAGCUACGGGACGACUGGCUCGCAGGGUCGGACAUUGACGCAGAAGUCGAAGAGGCACUACCGCUGGAACAAGCCCUCCGAGGUCUGACCCACUGGUGGCAUCUACGGAGAUACAAGGACGUGAUGGGUGGUGAGGAACGCGCAUCUUUGAUGGAGGAGGAACGGGACUUCUUUGUUCGAGAGCUGGAGGCGAUGGGCUGGGGGUUCGUGGGCGAGGAGCUUCUGAAUGAGGAGGCGGAAAUGGCUGCUGCUAAUGGCGCGAUGAUGAACGGGACGGAGUGGGACGGAGCUCCAUUGCAGAUGGAAGGAUGGUAG